CAGCACUGAGUUAUACCAGCCUACCUGCAAACAUGGAGGGGCAAAAGGUCUGAUAAGAACAAGCAAAGAAGGACAAGAUGAAAUAGAAUAUGUAAGGGGAACACGUGGCACUGCUGCUAGGAGAGAGAGCAGAGAGCGGCGGCAGCGACGGAGAUCCUCCUUCCUUCAGUCGCUUCGACCACGCGUCCACUGCCAGGAGCUGCUGUUGCUGCUCACGACACACGGCCGAAGCCUCCUCAGAUAGCUCCAUAACUCUGAUUCUGUAGAUCAACAGAAAGUCUUCUAUCAGACCGCGAACGAGUCAGAGAGGAAGGUCCUGCGAGAGACAUUUGACAGGAAACGAUACUUGCUUCAUCGCUUUCUUUCUGAAGAGAUGAAGACGAUGAUGAUGGAGGCCAAACUCUGGAUUCCUCUUUGUGCGCUUUUGCUUGUCAGCCUGAGAUCCGUUGCUGAUGCUACUAACAACACCCGGGUGCCCGAAAUUGUUCCAAACAAGAAUGAGAGCUUAACAACUCAGCUGCCAUUAAUGUCUCCUGCUGCUGCCACCACUACCACCGAAGGUCCGGAAACUGGAACCAACAUCUCUGAUGUGACGUACACUUCCUCUAACACCACCCCACAUAUGAAUCAACCUUCAUCAAAUCCCAACAACACUUUGCACAGUUCUCCUGCUGCUCCGAUGCCGUCAAACCCCUCCACUCAAAAUGAAACCUCCUCCCCCAGUUCCGUCCCAACACCUGAGCCCACAGCGACAGCUAUAACCAAUUCAACAUCCAACACCAGCUCCUCUCAAGAGACCGCCACUUUUCAGCCGUCCACAAAUACUUCUGAAUCCAGCUUCGGAUCAACUAAAGCCCACCCAAGAACCACCAUAAGUCUGCUGAACAGCACCUCCACCCAUGCCGAGAGUCCAUCCCAGCUCAGCGUGGGGGAUGAUGACGCCCAUAACUCUCCUGCACUGGACCCCCUCCUGGCCGGCCUGGUGUCAGCAUUCGUCAUCACGGCCGUCAUCAUCGCACUGCUCCUCUUCCUCAAACUUCGCAAAAGAGACAGCGGACCACAGUUUCGCCGGCUGCAGGACCUACCCAUGGACGACAUGAUGGAAGACACACCCUUGUCCAUGUACAACUACUAAUGAUGUGUGGAGGGCCAACCGGAGCCUUUUCAACUCUUCAGUCCAGUACAGUAAUGCUUUGGUUGUUGAACCGGGUUUCCCUAAUCUGCACCAAUCUGCCUGGGUAGGUGUAAGCACAUGCCUGGAUUGCUUCUACUUACUCAGAUUGUGUGGACGUGCAGAGGGAAUGGACCUAAUUGAAAUAGAAGUGGACAAUGAAGACAAACGGCCAGGAGAGAACCCUUUGGAAAAGCCUUUGUUCAUUGCUGUACAUAUAAAGUCUGAGGUUGCAAAUUUUUAUGCUCUUCAAAUGAUUAAGCAGGAGGAAACGGCUUUCAGUGACGCUCAGAACCAGGCCGUAGCGGCCGUGACCCUGCUUUGGUGUGAGCGGGACAGAGAAGAAAGGGGGUGAAGAAGAAAACCUUCUGAUUGUUCUGUUGAGAAAUUUGCACUUUACUUUUCAGGGGUAAGUGAGGAGGGAAAAAUAGGGAAAUUUAGAUUUUUACUGUGCACAAGUCUCAUUUUAUGCUAACUUUGGAAAUGUCAAGACAAAAAACUGUCCCCAUCCCCUCCCCAACAUAUUGCUGCACAGUGCCAAUCUGCUACUACAUUUUUUCCUCACUUACAAGAAAGCAACUUGGAAAUAUUUCUGGUCACCAUAAACACAGACAGUCAUAGGUUGGAUGCUAAAGCAUGGUCACCCAUCACCGUUUAAAGUAACUGCUUUGAAUCCAUGGUCAGCAAGCUGCGAGUGGGAGGUUUGUUAUACAUAGAGACUCUUCUGGAGCAGAUAGCCUGACUAAAUAUCCAGCUAAUAUGUGCUUGUUACAGAAUGGCUAAAAAGUAUAAUAUUCUGCACAGUAAGCGUUUGAAACUACUUCUAAAUUUAGUUGGCAUUCUGUGGUUUUGCGUAUUUAUGUCAACAGUUAUGCCCAACAUUAUUCGUACCCCUGGUAGAUUUAAGUUUAGAGUGCUCUUUUAAUUUUACCAUCAUAUUAUGUUUUAACCGGGGGUGGUAUUAAUAAUUUAGUGGCCCAGCCAAAGUUCUGACUUUAGUCUGAUGGAGACUUGAUUGUUCAUCACCAAAGAUAAAAUUGUCAAAAUGCCAAGAGAACUAUGGGAAAAGCUGUUCAGCGAGGUUUUUUGACUGAUUGAGAAGGACAGAAAUAGUUUCUGACAGGCAAUAAAAAAAUAAAUAAAAACAGAUUUUUCAUUUUCUGAAUGGAUACUCCUUUUAUGUUAUAUUAUGAGAGAUGCCUGUCUCUUUUCCUUACAGAAACAAACUUUCUGGUUGAAUGAAAAACUUUGGGCUUAGCUGAACAGAUCAAAAACAGAUUAAUUCUAUAGUUAACAUUAUGACUGUAAUGUUUUGUUAUUUAAGCAGCAAAAGGAAUAGUUGUUUUUCUGUUUUAAAUUAAAGCACUUAGAUCAUGUUAUAAAUUUGGUUUUGAAUUUAGGUGAUAUUUUAUGAAACUGUUUUAACGCUAGGUGAUCUUAGCAUGAGAAAGCCAUACUGAGCCGGGCCUGGUUCUGAUACAGAAUUAAACAGAUGAGUCUGAACUCAGCUGAGGUUUAUCGUUGCAUUUCUACAGCAACCACUGAUCCAAUUAAAAUCCAACCGAAGGGUUGCAUGUAUGUGUUGCUGCACAUAUUUGAUUUAAAUUGUACAUACUCAUAAAACAGCGCUACAUUUUUCAUGUUGGUUAAUUUUUUAGUUUCUUAGUGAUAGAAUAGUUUCUGUUUACCUUGCAUGCAGGACUUUAAAGUCCACAGCAAAUCCUUCAGUGAUCUUUUUCACUGGGUUGGAAAAGUUUAUCUAGGUUUCUAUGCUCCGUUUCUCUCAGUCACAUCUGUUGAAUGCAUUUUGCUGCCGUUUGUAAAUUACAGACUGUUAUUUUAUGAUUAAAGGUGUUUUGAAAUUA